CGUUUCUAUCAUCUGAUUUUGUUUUCAGAGCCGUGAAAAUGUUGGGACGUAUCGCGCCUGGUGUCGCCCAGGUGACGGCGGUGGUCAGUCACCAGCAGAACAGGAAUAUGGCCACUCUGAAGUCCAUUUCCCUCCGUCUGAAGUCCGUAAAGAAUAUUCAGAAGAUCACCCAAUCCAUGAAGAUGGUGUCCGCUGCCAAAUACACUCGCGCCGAGCGUGACCUGAAGGCUGCGCGCCCCUAUGGUGAGGGUGCUGUCCAGUUCUAUGAGAAAGCUGAGGUCCAGGUACCCGAAGAUGAGCCGAAGCAGCUCUACAUUGCCAUGACCUCAGACAGAGGUCUGUGCGGCGCCGUUCACACCGGCGUGUCCAAGGUCAUCCGUCUCCGCCUGGCCGAGCCCGGCGCCGAGAACAUCAAAGUCAUCUGUGUCGGCGACAAGUCCCGCGCUAUUCUGUCCCGUCUGUACGGCAAGCACAUCAUCUCUGUGUGCAACGAGAUUGGGCGCCUCCCCCCCACCUUCCUGGACGCCGCGCAGCUGGCUAACGGCAUCCUGACCUCCGGCUACGACUUCGGAUCCGGCAAGAUCAUCUACAACAAGUUCCGCUCCGUCGUGUCCUACGCGCAGGAUGACCUGCCCCUGUUCAGCAGGAAGGCUGUCGAGGCUGCUCCCAAGCUGGCGGUGUACGACUCCCUGGACUCCGAAGUGCUGCAGUCCUACAUGGAGUUCUCGCUCGCCUCCAUGCUUUUCUACGCUCUGAAGGAGGGCGCGUGCUCGGAGCAGUCGUCGCGCAUGACGGCCAUGGACAACGCGUCCAAGAACGCCGGCGAGAUGAUCGACAAGCUCACGCUCACCUUCAACCGCACGCGCCAGGCCGUCAUCACCAGAGAGCUCAUCGAGAUCAUCUCUGGUGCUGCUGCGCUCGAGUAAAUGUACAACUUUGACAGCGGAUUAUUGGAGGAAAAUCGAAAUUGUGGAAUCAAAAAUUGUUUUUUUAUCCCGGAUACUAAAAUAAUGGCCCAAUUUGUCCAACCAGUCUAUCGUUUUGGUAGAAAACUGGCAAUUUGGCUCUCAUUUUAUUACCUAGGAUUUAAAACAGACAGAUAAAAUAUCUGAGACAGUGGGUGGAUUAGAUUGAUAUUUCUUCAGACCUGAAGAAAAGUUAUUCUGUCUUUAAAUAUAAAAGAUGACGAAUAAGUUUCAUUUCGCUACUGUCCUGCGUAAGAAACGAUAUUUUAUCUGGCGACAAAGAUCUAUACAUCUUUUUAGCAUGGUUUUUUGCCAAGCGGGUGUUAUCAUCUAGAGUGAAACCUAACAUAGUAACGGUGUUAGGCUCAUGGGUUAUUUACCAUACAAGACACACUAAGAAAAGCUUGAAAUUCGUUGUCAAAGUAAAAAUUGUUUUAUUUAUAUUAUACUGCCGUUUAAAAAAUGUAAUCAAUAGAAAAAUGUACCGUAUUGCUGACAUUGUCGGAUGGUGUUCACAUUUAUUUGUAAAAAACACGCAUUUAUAUACAUUACUGGCUUUAACACCUUUUUAUAAAUAGUUUUGGACACUGUUAGAUGAGGUUAUUCGUCGAUCAUGGUUGGAAACCAACGGUGAAAGUGGUGGUUUAUUAAAUAAAGUAUCAUUUAGAUUUA